AUGCAGACUCCUAAAGCAAGAAAAACUUGUACUGGAGCACCGCAAAAGACCUCUCCUCGAUCUAUUUCCUCUGAAGUGCCUCGUAAGACCUCUCCUCGAGCUGGUUCCUCGGAAGUGUCCCAAAAGAUUUCUCCUCAAGUUGUGCGCCAGCUUAAGACAGCUGCACGAGAUUCAGAUGAAGCUGCCUCUUCUUCAAAUCUGUCAAGUAGGAUUCCAAAAGAGAGAAGUCCUAAAGUUGCCGAUCACAGGCUAUCCCAAAGCCCAGUGUCCGAGAAGAAACGUCCAAGCGUAGUUGCUGAACGAGAACAUCAGAUAUCUCAGCUUGAGCAUGAUCUAAAAACUGUCAAGGAUCAGCUAUGCUCUUCGGAAGCAUCAAAGAAACAAGCGCUGAAAGAUGCAGAGGAAUCAAACCAGCUGCUCUUGGCCCUAUCAUCAGAGCUCGAAGAGUCCCAAAAGCAACUUUUGGAGCAGUUGAACUCUGAGAAAGGCCACAUAAUUGAGAUUUGUAAGAAUUCUGAAGAACAAGAUCAGACAUUACAAUCUGAACUUGAUGCUAUCAAAAAGGAUCAGUCGGUUGAUUCGACUGCAUUAACCUCUGCCCUAAAUGAGAUCAAGCAACUUAAAGUGCACCUUGAAAUGGUAGCAGAAUCUGAAGCUACCCAGACGAAGAACUCAGAAUUAGCACAAAGUGAGCUCCAUAAGCUAAAAGAGAACCUCGGUGAAACUCUUUCAAUUGUGGAAGAUAUGAAGAAACAGCUAAGAGACUGCAAAGAAUCAGAAGCUCGUGCCCAAGUACUUGUAGGAGAAACAUUAAUGCAACUGGAAACAGCAAAAAAGACAGUGGAGAGCCUCAGAUCGGAUGGAUUUAAGGCCAUUGAAGCAUAUGAUGCUAUAGCUUCUGAGUUGGGCCAGUCAAGAGCUCGCAUUACCUUUCUCGAAGAGCUUGUUAGCAAACUCAAGUCUGGUAUCAGUGAUUCUCAAAACGUAAGUGACUGUAAAACUGAUCUCAAAAGUAAAGAGAAUGAAAAAACUGAAGAAUCCAUUGAAGCAGAAGUUAUUUCUGUGAAACUUGAAGUUGAACGAUUGAGACAUGCUUUAGAAGCAGCUGAAAUAAAAUACAAUGAAGAGCAAUCUCAAAGUGCAGAACAGAUGAGAAGUGUUUAUGAAUCGAUGGAAAAGUUAAAGUCCAUAUCAAGCCAGAGAGAGGCUGAGCUUGAGUCUAAGCUACGCCGAUCCGAAGAUGAAAUUGAGGAGAUGAAGGCAAAACUGAUGGACAAGGAAACUGAAUUACGAGGUAUCUGUGACGAAAAUGAGCAGCUUACAACUAGGCUUGAAAGUUCGAUGUCAGAUCAGCGAGAAUAUGAACUGGAAAAGGAGCUUCAGAAAUCAAAGAACGACAUGGAGAAUUUGAGAGCCAAUUUGAUGGAUAAAGAAACUGAGUUGCAAUAUGUAGCAGAGGAGAAUGAAACACUGAAGUUGAAGAUACAGGAAAUCAACAUGGGUAACCUAAGUGAUGAAUUUGUGUCUGAAGUUGAGGCAGCAAGGUGUGCAGAGCAGGAGGCCCUUAUGAAGGUUGGGUACAUGACAGAGGAAGUUGAGAAGAGUAACAGGAGGACUGCUAGAAUGACUGAGCAGCUGGAAGCAGCUCAGGCAACCAAUGCGGAAAUGGAAACCGAGUUAAGGAGGCUAAAGCAAAUAUUCUUUAUGGCUUCUCAAACUUCUCAUUCGCGGACUCUCCUCUUCAUAACUCUCGUCUGCACUCUGCUGGUUAACUGCAGUGGAGAGUCUGAUGCCAAUGAAAAGGUAUUCAUUGUAUACAUGGGUGAUCUUCCCAAGGGCGAUUUCUCUAUUUCUUCAAUGCACUUGAACAUGCUACAAUCUGUCAUGGGCAGUAUAGACAAAAUUUGUGGGAUUGACAUUGCUAGAUUAGUGGGAUUGAUCUCCCUUGCCACAAUGGAAGAAUCCCAGACUCCUGUCACAAAAGCAACGGCCUCAGCAACAGUGUCUGAACCGGCGAUCGUCUCAACACCUAUAAACGCUAUGGUUGAUGGUAAUACGUUUCCUGCCAAUGGAAACGUAAUAUCUCUUAAUGCCUCCUCUUAG